AUGACCGAAGAAGUUGAAACGGUAGAUUUGACACCACAAACAAAAAGUUCAGAACCAUUGUCAAAACCUGUCAAAGAACUUACAGAUGAAGAGAAAAAUUCAAUAAUAGAAAGUGCCAGGUCUGGAAAUACAAACCCUAACUACAAAGUCACUUUUCAUAGAAAUGGAACGGCUAGUAUCUCAAAAAAGAAACAGACUCUCACAAAUAAAAUAUUGAAGUCUGAAGGAGCUUUCGAGACAACAGAUGGAAAAGUUUAUUUCACGGACCAACAGUUCAUUAUAGAACAUCUCAUUGACUUAGAGUCGAAAUAUUCUAAACUUUACAACAAACACAAAAAGUUGAAAGGAAAACAAAAACAGAUGGCAUAUGAUAUUUACGAAGAUGUUGACAACACAACCAUACCUGCAAGUGAGGUAAAGUCAGAGGAACCAAAAAGUGACGAAAAACCAAUAGAAGAA